AUGGCGGACAAUCAGGUGCGGCUGCAGCACGAGGCUUCGGUGAGGGCGGGGGAGGGGCAGCACCUCAGCCAACACCAGGGCCAGCAGCAGCAACGGCAGCAAUAUGACAGGUCAACGAGCGGCGACAGUCGAGCCGGCUUCGAGGAGUACUGGAGAGAAGAGAAGGAGAGCGAAAGGGCUGGGAGGGUGCAGUUCGUGAACGAGGGGCCGCCUUACCAUCAUCAAUCGUCGUCGUCGCCGUUGGAUCACCAAUCGCAGCAGGUGUCGGGAGGAGGAGAUCAGGAACUGCAGGGUUCUCCCCAACCCCCAACUCCAGCAGAAUCAACAACACCCGGCCUCACGUCCGCAGAAAAGGCCAAAGAGAAGGCCAAGCUUCGCCGCCAGCAGGUCCGCAAGGCCCAGAUCCAGCACCGCACCCGCAAGGCCAACUACAUCAAGCAGCUCGAGCUCGACGUCUGCAAGUUCAGGGAUAUGAUCGCCGCCGCCGAGAAGGAGGUCCUCGCCUUCCGCCGCGAGAACGAGAACAUGAGGGGCGCCCUCACCGCAAGAGGAUUCGCGGUACCUCCUGAAAGCGCAAAGGGCGAGAGCGUCGUCGUCAGCGAAGUGCGGAUCCGCGGAUCGCAGGAGCCCGUGGCGGUGCCGGAAGAAGUGUCGAUGGCGCCGGCGGUGGUCCAGCAGCAACAGCAGCAGCAGCAGCAAUUACCUGCCGUCCCGGCACAACGACAACUUUCCCAGCAGUCAGAGGACCAACAAGCACAGUACUCGGCGGGUGCUCCCCCGGGCGAAGAAUCCCAGGUGGUGGCAUAUCAACCUCAGACGCUGGACUACGACCCGUACCCUCCGGUCGACCUCUUUGCGGACGUCAACAUGGGCGAGGUCACAGUCACGAUGAGCAAGGACGACGCCCUCGGCACGCCGUGCUUCCAGAUCUCGUCGCCGUCGGCCGCGAUCACAUAUACCCAGUCCCAGCCGCCGUCAGCAGAUCAGCUGUCUGCGGAACAGGAGAUCAUUGCCAUCAACCUCAUUCUCGCCAUGGAACACAUCUGCUGGAACCACUUCCACCCCCGCCAAUUCCCCGCCCACGGCGACACCUGCAAGGCCGCCUCGGGCCACACAAUGAUGGCUUCGACCCUCUGCAUGUCCUCCGCCCCCGCCCGCGUCUACCGCACCAUCCGCCGCGGCGAGGCCUCCACCGUCUCGCACACAUGGCAAGCCGACACCGGCGCGGGAUCCUCUCUAUCUCUGAAGUCCCUGCUGGCCCUCGCCAAGACGCUGAACCCGGGCGACAUCGAGCUCACACCCGUGCAGGCGUGGUUCGAGCUCGCGGCGCGGUACGGGGCCGCGGCGCUGAUGCGCGGAAACGUGAUUGAGGCGCUCAAGAGGGAGUUUAGCGGGGUGGUGGAUUGUAUUCACUUUGGGGCCAUCAUUGAGCGGGAUGCGUUUGAGAGUGUGGUGGCGAGGGUUAUGGAGCAGGUGGGCGUUCCGGAGCUGGAGUGGGAGAUGGAUGUUGAUGAGGGGGCUGGUGUGCAUGCUGGGGGUAUGGUGUAUGGUGCGCAGCAGAUUACGGCUUGA